AUGAGCUCGCCAAAGCGGCCGGGGUCUCCUUCACCAGGCUCUGAUUCAAAACGUGCAAAACUAUCAGUAACGGAGCACAACCAGGGCGUAUCCGCUGUCGACCCCGACUCUGCGCCCGGCAAACGUAGCGAGCUCGAUCCCAUCCAGUCCGGUGACAUUGGGAACCUCCCCAGCGAGGAGGGUGUCGUUGCAGGAGAGUCAUCUUCUCGACCCGAUGCACGCGUGAAGGUGUUGGGAGAUGAUGAGGAUGGUGGAGAUGUGUCUAUGGGUGAGGAUGACGGCGAAUCUGGUGACGAAAACGACGAUGAAGACCCGGCACAACUGGAAGCUACGCGCCUUCGUCUCGAAGAGCAGGCAAGGAAAUAUUUGGCCUCCCAGACUCACGAGGUCAUCAUUCCGUCAUAUUCUGCCUGGUUUGAUAUGGCCAAGAUACAUCCUGUCGAGCGCCGGGCCUUACCUGAGUUUUUCAACUCCAGGAAUCGGUCCAAAAGUCCCGCAAUAUACAAGGACUAUCGUGACUUCAUGGUCAAUACCUACAGGUUACGGCCUACAGAGUAUCUCACCGUCACUUCCUGCCGUAGAAACCUUGCAGGCGACGUCUGUGCCAUCAUGCGCGUCCACGCGUUUCUCGAGCAAUGGGGUCUGAUUAACUACCAGAUUGAUCCAGAUGCUCGUCCUGCCGCCCUUGUUCCUCCGUUUACAGGCCAUUUUCGUGUUAUACUUGACACGCCACGGGGUCUUCAGUCGCUUCACCCCGGCUCAAAACCUUCUAAUCCAGGUGCGGCUGCCGUCAAUGACACUCAAAAACCUAAUACUGCGGCAAAUUCUGCUUCUCUCGAACUUCGUUCAUCCAUAUACCAAACUUCAUCCAAGUCAAGUCGGCCUGUGAGUGCCUCAGAGGCCAAAGACCUCGCAAACGAGGCCAAUGGAAGCACACCUGCCAGCGGUCUCUACACUUGUGAUACCUGCGGCACUGAUUGCACUCCCCUCCGCUACCACUCUCUAAAAGAAAGGAAGUUCCAGCUCUGCACUCCGUGCUACCUCAAUGGGCGCUUCCCUUCUACCAUGUUCAGCGGGGACUUCGUCAAGCUGACGAGCACUACUCCGGAGGGCAACGAUGGCUGGUCAGAUCAAGAAGUUCUCUCGCUACUCGAAGGGAUAGAGAUGUAUGACGAUGACUGGAGCAAAAUUGAAGAGCAUGUCAUGACAAAGACGGCCCAGCAGUGUAUACGCAAAUUCUUGGAACUGCCGAUCGAGGACCCGUACUUGAAUAGCGAGGGUUCUAUGGGCCCUCUGAGGUUUAGCAGAAUGCCAUUCGAGCAGGCUGACAACCCUGUCAUGAGCGUUGUUGCCUUCCUGGCUGGAGUUGUGGGACCGGGGGUGGCAGCAGAAGCAGCAAAAACGGCCUUGCAUGAGUUGACGGAUGACGCGAAACCAGAAACUGGGAAAGAGGAUGGCAAGAUGGGUCAGGACCAGCCAGAAGGCGAGGCUAACCAGUCGAGGACUGACGAGGAGAUGGCGGAGGAAGGCAAGGUGCCAUCCCGUACACUACCUCAUUCCAAAGUUACCCGGGCAGCUGACUUGGCCCUCAAAUCGUCAGCCAAAGCCGCCCAAUCUCUCGCUGACGCCGAAGAUGCACAGAUCCGGUCGACUCUUGCUUCGAUGAUCAAGCUGACGCUCACCAAGCUUGAGUUGAAGAUGUCGCAGUUUGAAGAGUUGGAGGACAUUCUGGAAGAGGAGCGGAAGGGGUUGGAGAGUACGAGAAUGGCCCUUGUGCAAGAACGGUUGGGACUGAAAAAAAUGGUGGACAACGUCAAGUCUCUCAUUGCAAAAAAUGGGAACGGAGUCAAUAGUCUUAACAGUGUAUCGCUCGGAAACAGCGGCCAAGGGACUGUUGUCAAUGAGGUGCAACCCGGGACGUCAAUGGAAGGUGGCAUGGGGCCCGUAGAGGAUGGUAGCAUGUUACAGCUGACCUAAUUCCGUGUAUAUCCUGACUUUUUUAUAUAUUGCUAUUGUGCUUUCGUGUACAUUAUACUCUACAUUAGAACAGAUGCAUUCGUUAAAAUGACAGUUGCACAGCUGCGUCUAGCGGUUCUGGCCC